AUAAGAGAACGCACAAGCCGCGCGGCUCACGAGCCGCCGCCAGCGGAAGGCCGGGCGCAGCGGCUUCGGCCUGGGCGGGCGCAGGGCCGAGCGCAAGGGGGGGGGCGCGGGCCCCCCGGGAGGCCGCAGCCACUCCCCCCCCGGGCCGGCGAGGCGGGGGAGGCGGAGGAUGGAAACACCCUUCUACGGCGAUGAAGCGCUGAGCGGCCUGGGCGGCGGCAGUGGCAACGGCAGCAGCUUCGCGUCCCCGGGCCGCCUGUUCACCGGGGCGCCCCCGACGGCGGCGGCCGGCAGCAUGAUGAAGAAGGACGCGCUGACGCUGAGCCUGAGCGAGCAGGUGGCGGCGGCGCUCAAGCCGGCGGCCGCGCCGCCUCCGGCCCCCUUGCGCGCCGACGGCGCCCCCAGCACCUCACCCCCCGAUGGCCUGCUCGCCUCCCCCGACCUGGGGCUGCUCAAGCUCGCCUCCCCCGAGCUCGAGCGCCUCAUCAUCCAGUCCAACGGGCUGGUCACCACCACGCCGACCAGCACGCAGUUCCUCUACCCCAAGGUGGCGGCCAGCGAGGAGCAGGAGUUCGCCGAGGGCUUCGUCAAGGCCCUGGAAGAUUUGCACAAGCAGAACCAGCUCGGCGCGGGCGCGGCCGCUACUGCCGCCGCCGCCGCCGCCGCCGGGCCCUCGGGCACAGUCGCGGGCUCUGCGCCCUCCGGCGAGUUGGCCCCGGCGGCGGCCGCGUCCGAGACACCGGUCUACGCGAACCUGAGCAGCUACGCGGGCGGUGCUGGGGCCGCGGGGGGCGCUGCGACGGUCGCCUUCGCUACAGAGCCGGUGCCCUUCCCACCGCCGCCACCCCCGGGCGGGCUGGGGCCGCCGCGCCUCGCCACGCUCAAGGAUGAGCCACAGACGGUGCCCGACGUGCCGAACUUCGGCGAGAGCCCGCCGCUGUCGCCCAUCGACAUGGACACGCAGGAGCGCAUCAAGGCAGAGCGCAAGCGGCUGCGCAAUCGCAUCGCCGCCUCCAAGUGCCGCAAGCGCAAGCUGGAGCGCAUCUCGCGCCUUGAGGAGAAAGUGAAGACCCUCAAGAGCCAGAACACGGAGCUGGCGUCCACAGCGAGCCUGCUGCGGGAGCAGGUGGCGCAGCUCAAGCAGAAAGUCCUCAGCCACGUCAACAGCGGCUGCCAGCUGCUGCCCCAGCACCAGGUGCCCGCGUACUGAGCCCGCGCGCGGGGCGCAUGCGCGGCCACUCUCCCAAGGGGCGGGCUCGCGGAGGGGAGUCGUGGGCGCCCCGGACUUGGAGAGGGCGCGGUCCCGGGGACCCUCGCUUUGGGUGCCCAGGACUCGGAGAGGGCGCGGCCCCCGGGGAUCCCCCGAGGGUGCCCAGGACUCGGAGGGGGCGCCCCGGACUCGACAAGCUGGACCCCCUGCUCCCGGGGGGGCGAGCGCAUGACCCCCCGCCCUCGCGCUGCCUCUGUCCUCUGCGCGCGGCCGUACCGCGUUGCAUAAACCUGCGCGUCCCGACUGCCCCUUUGUACACACCGCCGCGGAAGGGGGUUCCGAGGGGGCGCAGCCUCAAGCCUUUGCGUUUCCUUUUAUUUUUUUGCCUUUGGAAGAGAGAACAGAGUGUUCGAUCCUGCCCUAUUUAUGUUUCUACUCGGGAACAAACGUUGGUGUGUUGUGUGUGUGUUUUCUCGUGUUGGUUUUUUAAAGAAAUGGGAAGAAGAAAAAAAUACUCCACCCCUUUCCUUGCUCUCCCCACUCCCGUCCUUCCAACUCCCCCCCCCCCCCCGCCCUUUUUGUUCUGUUUUUUUGUUUUGCUACAAGUCCACAUUCCUGUUUGUAAUCCUCGGUCCGCCCGGCGUUCUGUUUUCAGUAAAGUCUCCUUACGCCA